AAAAACCCUAGCUCUCAAGGUUUCGCCUACCGCAUCUUCACAGUGUGCUCCUCUUCUUCUUCUUCUUCUUCUUCUACACAGAUUAGUAAGUGUUUGAACAAGUAAACCAAGAUGCAGAACGAAGAGGGGGUUAUCACCGAACUUUACAUUCCAAGGAAAUGUUCAGCCACAAACAGGCUGAUUACUUCAAAGGACCAUGCCUCCGUUCAGAUUAACGUUGGGCAUUUGGAUGAGAACGGCGUGUACAAUGGCCAUUUUUCCACCUUUGCUCUCUGUGGAUUUGUCCGUGCUCAGGGAGAUGCUGACAGUGGAUUGGACCGUCUCUGGCAGAAGAAGAAAGCUGAAAUCCGACAACAGUAGGGCAAGGGAGAAACAAUCUAGUUUAUUUUUGUCUUUGAAAAUGUACUCUUAAGGAUUUUGCCUCCAUUUGACCAGUAUUAUUAAUAGUGCAACUACUUUUUACUUUUUA